AUGCAGUUGCUCCAAUUGGACGAUGACCUGUCCUACAUCCACAAGCAGCUUUCAAAGUCGAGAAAUAUGAUCAUUCUAACAGGAGCUGGAAUCUCGUGUUCUGCUGGCAUACCUGACUUCAGGUCGGCAGAUGGGCUGUACGCACGGUCUUGUGGUGAUGGGCUCAAAGGAAAGGACCUGUUCGACGUGAUGGUGUUCCAGCGAGGUGAGCAUGUCUCGCAGUUUUGCAAGUUCAUGUCUGACUUACGCACAAGGAGCCUCAAUGCUGAACCAACAAGAACACAUCGGUUUAUACAACGCCAGCUGCGCAGUAAAAGGGCAUUGAGGUGCUACACGCAGAAUAUAGAUGGUGUUGAGCAUCGUAUGGGGUUGCAAACUGAUACACAGCUGAAAUGGAAGGAGCUAGAGUGUGUACAACUGCACGGCGACGUACACACGCUGAGGUGCACUCACUGUUCCACAGUGGUGGAUUGGACCCCAGAGCUGGAAGGCAGGUUUCAACGAGGUGAACUGCCAGAGUGUCACGAGUGUUUGAACAUAAAGCUCAUACGUAAGCUUAGCGGGAAACGUACUGGUGGACUGGUCACCGGAGUGCUGAGGCCAAAUGUUGUGCUGUAUGGUGAAAACCAUCCUCUCGCAGAGACCAUUGCUACUGGCCUCAACAACGACAUAGCCAGAUCGAAGCCGGAUAUGCUGGUCAUAAUUGGUACUUCACUAAAGGUCCAUGGCGUGAAGCAGCUGACACGCUUGGCUGCCAAGGCAGUGCAUGCUCGCGGUGGUGUCGUCUUACUCAUCAACGACACCACUUUAAAAGGUUGGGACAAUGUCAUUGACUAUCAGGUGCUUGGUGACUGUGAUAGCUUCUUUGCCCUCCACGAAGCACAUUCACAAGGCUUGGUGUCUCCUCCAACAACUCCAAGCAAGAAACGUACCAAAUUGAUCCCAAUGACUCCAACAAGGAGAAAACUGACAGACAUUACAAACAUAUCACCAGCUCCCUCACCAAAGAAAAGACGCACUACAUAG